AUGAUGCAAUCUAUCGCCAUCCAGAAGCCCUUCGUGGCCUCCACGACCGCCACGCGGGUGACCUCUCGCAGCUCUGCUCGCACUGCCUCCACCACCGUGUGCGCCGUGCGUCGCGAUAACCAGCAUGCCAUUGCCAAGGUCGGCAUGGGCCUCGCUGGCCUCCUGGCCGCUGCGCAGCUCGCCACCACACCUGCCCAAGCCUUCGAUCUGGGACAGGCCAUCAACUCCGUGGGGGGCACCGACCUGGUAGAGAAGGCUAAGGACGCCGUGGGUGGAUCAGGAGGAGUCCAGGAUCUGGUGCAGCAGGGCAAGGAUGCUGCCCAGAACAUCAACGCCCCCGACCUGAAGGACGCGGCCGGCAAGGUCGGCGAGGUGGCAGACAAGGCCUCUGACAAGGCCUCUGGUCUGGCCGACAAGAUCCCCGGCGUGUCUGAGAGCAACCUGCAGAACGUCGGAUCCUCCAUCAAGCAGGCCGGUAAGGAGGCCGCCAAUGGCAACCUGAACGAGGUGGCCAACGACACCGUCGACACCCUGGGCUCGCGCCUGGGUGGCGGCGAGGCCAAGAAGGGCACCGGCUCCAACGCGGGCAAGGAGGUUGCCUCCAAGGCCAACGACGCGCUGAAGGAGGCCGCCAACCAGGGCGAUUCCUUCUCCGGCUUCGUCGGCAAGGACACCUCCAAGGACAAGCUGGGCAAGGAUGCCGCCCUGGGCGGGCAAGACCGCGGCACUGGCGGCCUGUUUGGCCUGUUUGGCAAGAAGUCUGGCGCGGCUGACCUGAAGCUGCAGGGCCAGACUGCCCUCGGGGGCGCCCAGUCCCAGGCCCGGGGCGUCGCCAACAGUGCUAAGACUGCGGUGAACGACGCAGGCACCCAGGCCAAGGGUGUGGCGGAGGAGGUGAAGAAGACGGUGGGCGGCCUGGCCAAGAAGGCCGGGGCGGUGGAGAUCCCCCACCCCGAGGUGGUGAAGAGCGCCAUCAAGGAGGGCAAGCGCAACCUGUCUCUGACCAACGUCAAGAGUGUGGUGGGCAAGGUGGCGGACAAGGUCUCCGACAAGGCGGAUCAGGUGGCAAACAAGGCUGCCAGCAUCUCCCCCAGCAAGGGUAACUUCUCAGGCGUGGCCAAGACUGCAGGUGAUUCUGUGAAGGAUGCGGGGCGUAACGCGAAGCAGGGCUUCAAGGACGCCGCGGCGCAGGGCAAGGACGCCGUCAAGCAGGCCACCCAGGGGGAUGAUGUGGCUGUCGUAGGAGAGGACACGCCUGCCAAGAUUGCCGUGGAAGGCAGCAGGAAGCUGCUGCAGGAGCAGGGUUCCUUGAAGAAGCUGGGGGUCUGA